AUGGGUGCGAGCAGUAUGGCUCACAGCAUGGCUCACAGCAUGGGGCACAGCAUGGCUCACAGCAUGGGGCACAGCAUGGCUCACAGUAUGGGGCACACCAUGGCUCACAUGUGCCUUUUCACCGUGCUGCCUUCUUGCCCUCUCUUCUCUUCACCUCCUCUCUCCUCCCCUUCCCUCUCCUCCCCUCCCUUCACCUCUCCUCCCCACACCUCCCCUCCCUUCUCCACCCCUCCUUGUCUUUCCCUUGCAGCUUCUCUCCUCACGUUCUUCUCCCAGGCCUUCACCUACCCACUCAUUCGCAAUCAACCUGCCCCUCCACUCUCUCCUCCACUCCCUGCUCCUCCUCAGUCGCCUCUCCCCUGCCCUCCAUCCCACACUCCUCGAACCCGACCCUACCCUCUCCUCCUCUCCUCCACAGGCCUCUACUCUCCCCAACGCUGUCACCCCUCUUCCCCGCAACCCACUCCUCCACAACCCCCUCUCCCUCUCCCUCGUCUAUUUUCUCACCUCCCCAUCCCCCACCCUCCCCUCCCCCCGUGCCUGUCUUGCCAGCACCAUCAGUCGUUUCAAACGGCACACUCGCUUCUGCCCCGCCUCACACCCAUGCUCCCUGAUGUUGCUGGCUUCACCUGCACCCGGCCCCCUCUCGUCCUCUUCUACAAUUCUUCCAGCUCCGCCACUCGCGGCCCCCUUUUGCACCCUUCCUUGAUCCUGGCGCUCUUGCUCCUGGCGCUCUUGAUCCUGGCGCUCUUGCUCCUGGCGCUCUUGAUCCUGGCGCUCUUGCUCCUGGCGCUCUUGAUCUUGGCGCUCUUGCUCCUGGCGCUCUUGAUCCUGGCGCUCUUGCUCCUGGCGCUCUUGAUCCUGGCGCUCUUGCUCCUGGCGCUCGCUCUUGCUCCUGACGCUCUUGAUCCUGGCGCUCUUGCUCCUGGCGCUCUUGAUCCUGGCGCUCUUGCUCCUGGCGCUCUUAAUCAUGGCGCUCUUGCUCCUGGCGCUCUUGAUCCUGGCGUUCUUGCUCCUGGCGCUCUUGAUCUUGGCGCUCUUGCUCCUGGCUCUCUUGAUCCUGGCGCUCUUGCUCCUGGCGCUUUUGAUCCUGGCGCUCUUGAUCCUGGCGCUCUUGAUCCUGGCGGUCUUGAUCCUGGCGCUCUUGCUCCUGGCGCUAUUGAUCCUGGCGCUCUUGCUCCUGGCGCUCUUGAUCUUGGCGCUCUUGCUCGUGGCGCUCUUGAUCCUGGCGCUCUUGCUCCUGGCGCUCUUGAUCCUGGCGCUCUUGCUCCUGGCGCUCUUGAUCCUGGCGCUCUUGCUCCUGGCGCUCUUGAUCCUGGCGCUCUUGAUCCUGGCGCUCUUGAUCCUGGCGCUCUUGCUCCUGGCGCUCUUGCUCCUGGCGCUCUUGAUCCUGGCGCUCUUGCUCCUGGCGCUCUUAAUCCUGGCGCUCUUGCUCCUGGCGCUCUUGAUCCUGGCGCUCUUGCUCCUGGCGCUCUUGAUCCUGGCGCUCUUGCUCCUGGCGCUCUUGCUCCUGGCACUCUUGAUCCUGGCGCUCUUGCUCCUGGCGCUCUUGCUCCUGGCGCUCUUCAUCCUGGCGCUCUUCAUCCUGGCGCUCUUGAUCCUGGCGCUCUUGAUCCUGGCGCUCUUCAUCCUGGCGCUCUUGCUCCUGGCGCGCCAUCUCUCCCUUUCCCUCUAUCCCGCCCUUCCCAACCCCUCUGUGUCUACAUUCUCCCCUCUUCUGCCCUUCAACUCCCGCCCCUGCUUUCCCUGCCACGCCUUCUCUCGUCCCUCGCCUCGUUUCCGCCAGACCCAAUCCACGCGCGCCCGCAUUCUCACUCCUACCCUCCCCUCCCUGCGCCUCCUCUCCCCGCUCCGCCUCCCCUUCCCCUUCUGCGCGGCCGCCCGUGGCUGCUGCCUCCAUCUGCGCAUACCAAUUUCCGCGAAUUCUCGCGGAGGCGGCGGUACAGGAGCGCGCAGCGGGGAUUGCGGCGGUAG